CCCCCCCCAGCGCGAUGUCCCUCACGGAGAGCACCGACACCAAGUCCGAGAAGCCCAUGUCCUUCAUUUGGGGGUGUGAGCUGAGCAGUGAGCGCAGCUCCUACACCUUCCAGAUGCCCGAGGAGUGGCAGUGCGAGCAGCAGCUGGCCCUAAGAACGAUCUGCCUGGGCGCUCAGGCCCGCGAUGAGUUCCACGUGCUGGAGCUGGUUCCGAAUGAGGAGGGGGCGGCGGUGCCGCUGGCCACGUUGAAACCGUCGGUGCUGCCCAUGGUCACGCUGGUUGGGGUGGAGCUGACGCCCCCCGUCACUUUCCGGCUCCGAGCGGGGUCCGGGCCGGUUUAUAUCAGCGGGCAGCACGUGGCCAGUAAGACCCCAACCCAUUAUCAAAGAGGCGCCUGGAGAAGGAGGUCGAGCCGUGAGUACAGCACAUAG